GACGUGUAGAACGUCACACGUUGUUUCUCUCUUCACUUCGGUAACUUAGCGAUAUGGGUUAUUUACUGUUAAACUGUUACAUACGCCGGACGCACAACCGGCGCCUGGAGUGAAACAGAGCCUUGGAGAGAUACGGACUAUAAACUACAGUUGAUCUCUCCAGUUUCGAUAAGUCAGGAUAUAACAACAGGUUAAGGAAAGUGAGUUGUUUAAAAAAAACACGAUAGAAUGGCAAAUCCACCAAAUACUGGAGGACACUUGUUAUCCAACGCGAAUAUUAACAACAACAAAAUUAAGAAAUGUGGAUACCUCAAGAAGCAGAAGCACGGACACAAGCGAUUUUUCGUUCUGAAGGAGCCGAGCGAGGGCUUCCCUGCCCGGCUGGAGUACUACGAGAGCGAGAAGAAAUGGAAAAACAAGUCGGCGCCAAAGAGAGUUAUUCCGCUGGACUGCUGCCUCAAUAUCAACAAGAGAGCGGACUCCAAACACAAACACCUUAUCGCCCUCUAUACCAAGGACGAAUAUUUUGCUGUGGCAGCAGAGAAUGAACAGGAGCAGGAGAAUUGGUACAGAGUCUUAACUGAUUUAAUGAGCGAGGGGAAAGUGUACUCAGACGGCUCCGCAUCCAAUUCCGCGUCCUCGCUGGUGGGGUUUGAUGAGGGGAACUACGGGAUGAUUACGCCGGUAACGGCUGUGUAUAAGGAGGUAUGGCAAGUUAACCUAAAAUCCAAAGGGCUGGGACAGAGCCGGAAUCUUACCGGGGUGUACAGGCUGUGCUUAUCCAGCCGGACUAUCAGCUUUGUGAAGCUCAACUCGGAUGUUGCGUCCGUCAGUUUACAGCUGAUGAACAUUAGGAGAUGCGGGCACUCGGAGAGCUUUUUCUUCAUCGAAGUCGGCCGGUCAGCAGCCACAGGACCCGGCGAGCUGUGGAUGCAGGCUGACGACUCCGUUGUGGCGCAAAACAUCCACGAGACUAUUCUGGAGGCGAUGAAAGCCAUGAAGGAGCUGUCAGAGUUCCGGCCGCGCAGCAAGAGCCAGUCAUCGGGCACUAACCCCAUUUCCGUGCCCACCCGGCGGCACCACAACAACCUUCCCCCAAGCCAGACCGGGCUCCAGCGACGGUCGCGCACUGACAGCAUGGCCAAAAAGUCCCCCAUGAGUAAAUUCACCUCCUGUCGGAUACGCACUGCCAGUGAGGGAGAUGGCACCAUGGCGCGCACCUUGCCUGUGAACGGGAGUCCCCUCAGCCCUGAUAUUCACCGGACCCUAUUAGGGAGCUCAAACACCAUCACAGCCCAGCACUGCCGGACAUUUGAAUCCUCUUCCCUCCAGCACAGUAAGUCCAUGUCCAUGCCUCUGUCCCACUCCCCACCCACAGCCACUCCCAGCCCUGUCAGCCUGUCCUCUUGCUCUGAAAGCAGUGCUCCUCGCCCCUCCAGCUGCAAUGCAUCUGUCUCUGGCUCCCCCAGUGAUGGCGGCUUCAUCUCCUGUGAUGAGUAUGGCUCCAGUCCUGCAGCCCUGUACCUCACUCGCAGCAGUAACACUCCAGAGUCCCUAAGGGCAGACACACCCCCCUCCCGGGAUAGCAGCGACUUGCAUGGCUACAUGGUGAUGGAGAGGCAGAACCAGAACGGUUUCCGUCGGUUACCAGAGCUGGACAAGGCAUACCGGAAACGCACAUACUCCCUUACCACCCCGCCCCAGCACAGGGCGCCGCCCCAGGUCUCCUCCACCUCAUUGGACGAGUACACGCUUAUGAGGGCCACCUAUACCAGUAGCGGCCAAUCGGGUCGCAGCUCUCACACCGCCUCCCCGAAAGUUACAUAUCCUGAGGACUAUGGCGAUGUCCAGAUAGGCUCCAAUGGUCACCUAGGUGACUGUGGCUACAUGCCCAUGACUCCGGGCAUUGCCGCUCAGACAGGGUGGGUCAAAGGUGAUGCUUAUAUGCCCAUGAGCCCCAUGUGUGUGUCGGCCCCCAAGCAGAUCAUCAACCCCCGCUCUCACCCCUCUCCAGCUGGGCUCUGCUCCCAUACCGACUCCCCUGGAACUGUGUCUCUGGAGGACAGCGGCUACAUGAGAAUGUUCUGCGGGGCCAAGAUGUCUGUGGACAGCUCCGACGGGAAGCUCACCAACGGGGAGUACCUCAACAUGUCCCCUGUGGACCCCGUGGCCUCCCUCACACCCCCAGACUACAUCCUCACAGACACUACCCCCCAGCUUCACCCUCCCCACAGACAGCCUUACUCCAUCAGUUCCCUGCCCCGCUCUCUCAAAGCCCAGCCCCAGAGGAAGGGGGUUACAGACACAGACCAGUACGUGUUGAUGAGUCUACAGAAGAAGAGGAUAGAGGAAGAGUCCAACUACUGUCCCAUCUCACCUGUCUGCUCCGCUACACCCCCCACCUCCACUCUCUCCUCAGCCCCCUCACCCCUCAGAGCCGGCACAGUCACUCAGGAGGGGGGUCUGGUCCACAAGGGGAGGGUGAGCCGGCCUACCCGGCUGGCCCUGGACUCUCUAAGGACGCUGCCCUGUAUGAUCGAACACCCCCUCCCCUCUGAGCCCAGGAGUCCCGGGGAGUACAUCAACAUUGACUUUGGCAACACUACACGCUACCCGCCCAUCUCCGCCAUGACUGAGCGCUCUCGUUCAUCACUGGGCUCGGUGGACGGGCUGAUGAGGAGUUCCCCGCCACUCUCCGAUUACGUCAACAUUGACGUCAGAUCGCACUCUCCCAAACACGGCGAUUCCCCUUCUUCAAUAGGGUGCCUGGAGCCGAGUCCUGCGCUUCCCUUGUGUCCCAGCCAGCCUCCCAGAGCAGAGCAGAGGGAGAGUGAGGAGCAGGAGAAGAUAAUCAUUGUGGAAUAUCCUCUCCAAAAGCUUGCAAGCCCUGUAUACCUGGUUGGUGAUGUAAAAGACGACUACACUGAGAUGACCUUCAGUCCUACCAACCCCCCUCCCUCUGCCCCUCUCCCUGCCACCCUGUGCCCCUCCGAUGCCACCACCCCCCUGCCCACCAGCCUGUCUGCCUGUGUCCAGAGACUCACCCUGAGGGGAGAGGGUACAGUGGGGUCCCCCCCGGUUCCUGUCGAGACCUUCUUCCUUGGGUGUCCGUCUCUCUCCAUCUCCCCUGUCAACCCAGACAGGGGGGCAAAGGUGAUCCGGGCCGACCCCCAGGGGCGCAGGCGCCACAGCUCAGAGACCUUCUCCUCCACCACCAUGGUAACGCCAGUGUGCCCGUCCUUCGCCCCCGAUGCCAACAAGCGGCACAGCUCGGCAUCGGUGGAGAACGUGUCGCGGCCGGUCCGGAGCUCGGAGGGUUCAGAUGAAGAGUACGGGAACAGCAACAGCCCCAUGUGCCGGGAGACAUCGGCAGGCUACCAGAAUGGACUUAACUACAUUGCCUUAAACCUGAUGGAAGGGAGCCUGGGGGGUUGCAGCACUCUGGGGGGCAGUGAGGGACUGCUGAGGUUCAAGGCAGCGUGUGGAUGCAAGGGGGGCAUGAACGGUUUUAACACCAGCCCCUAUGCCACCAUGGGCUUCAAGGAAACUGCAACAGCAGUGAAAGACUGAACACUGAUGGCACCGCCCCCUCUUACACCCCCUGCUCCUCGCUCCCUCUCUCUUGUUCGCCUGGCUGUGAAUGAGGGAUAAAGCUGCAGCCUAGUGACGAAGUCGCCACGCAGACAGCUGGACCAUGUGCUGCAGUAGACAACCUUUAACCUCCACCAUCCCCAGGGGUCAACGGGACCACCAUCGUCACGGCAAUGUGGACACCCCCCCUUCCAAGCUUCCUAUCCUCCCCACAUUCGGCACCCAAAUAUUAAGGGUCUGCCGCUGCUGCUCUCUGAACAACUACAACUUAAAGGACUGUACUCAUCGAUGAUUAUCUAUGUACAUACAAAGUUACUUCUGCAAAGUUAUUAUUAUAAUUAUUAUUAUUCCACUGGUUUUCGUUUGGCUUUGGCUGACAGGGCCAGUUACCCUCACUUUAAUAACCUGUGAACCAAACCUGGAGAUAUUCCACACACUCCCACUCACACACGUUAUAUAUACGUACACAUCACAUAUUUAUUUAUUUAUAUGUGUGCACUUUGUUGUGUAUAUGUGUUUGUGUGGAUGUGUACACUAAAUUUGUACGAAAGAGAGUUGGCAUUUUACGAACAUAUUCAGUAUAUAACAAUGUACUAAGUUAACAGUUGCUUAAAAGCCUACCUCAGAGCAAACCAGGUUAGUACUUAUUUACACACCAGAAGUGUACAAAACAUUAGGAACACCUGCUCUUUCCAUGACAUAAACUGACCAGUUGAAUCCAGGUGAAAGCUAUGAUCCCUUAUUGAUGUCACUUGUUAAAGCCACUUCAAUUGAGACAUGGAUUGUGUAUGUGUGCUAUUGAGGGUGAAUGGGCUAAACAAAAUAUUUAAGUGCCUUUGAACGGGGUAUUGUGGUAGGUGCCAGGUGCAAUGGUUUGAGUGUGUCAAGAACUGCAACGCUGCUGGGUUUUUCACGCUCAACAGUUUCCCGUGUGUAUCAAGAAUGGUCCACCACCCAAUGGACAUCCAGCCAACUUGAUACAUCUGUGGGACGCAUUGGAGUCAACAUGGGCCAGCAUCCCUGUGGAAUGCUUUCGACACCUUGUAGAGUCCAUGCCCCGACGAUUUGAGGCUGUUCUGAGGGCAAAAGGGGGUGCAACUCAAUAUUAGGAAGGUGUUCGUAAUGUUUUCUACACUCAGUGCAUACAGAGAUAUAUUUAUUUAUUUUCAGUGGUGAAUGAUUUUAUGAACACCAAUCCAAAGCCUUACUUAUCUACUGUCCACUGUUACUGACAGACAUUUAGUUUGGACCUAUAAACACGCAGAAAAUCUAAGACUUAAACCGAUCGCCAUGGAGAUGGAAUUUUGGUCUGAGCAGCCGGAGAGGAAGAAAUCUUUCCUCUUUCCCUCUGCUAUCAUAGAUUCCUGAGAUUAUUACAGUUUGUUCACAUAUAGGUACUAUAUAUUAAUGUCAUAGUAAUAUAUGUAUCAUUGCAUACAAAGGUUAGGAGAAGAAUCUCUUAGGCAUUAUUCCACACACACAAUGCAAAUAUAGAGAAGAGAAGGAAAACGGGACCUAGGAGCAUUUUUUUGGAGUAGGACAUGCACACCAUCGUCACACACACAUCCCAGUUUGACCUGGGCUUCUGGUAGUCUUUAGUGACUAAAACACCAUUAUAGAGACAAAGCGGAAGGUACCUUUAUAUACUUUAACCUAUUACCUUGUUUACUCACAACAACCCACCUGUGACAUGUUUUCUCACGUGAUGCCUCAGCACUGAGCCUCUGGUAAGCUGUGAUAGGCUAUUUGGCACAUAGGUGAGCUGUCAUUGGGCGGGUGGGCAGACACAUACACACACCUGGCUGUUCAGGGAGGUUUUGACACGAUUGAAGCCAUCGCUGCUGCUUUGGGAUCUGACACUGAGUGAGGAGACACCAGAGCUGACGCUGCACGGUCUUGCACUUACAAACUCCCUAGAUUGUAAACACAAGACACUUUUGAAUGUAGUCUAUUCCAUGUUCUCCUCUUGGGGAAUGUAACCACCGUGACAGCAAGCAGAAAUACCACACCAAUACUAAUAAAAACAACUACUACAACAACUUCAUGCAGAAUGAGACAACAAAAAAAACAGAUACGAAAAGCAGUGUCACUUACUUUGAGUUUGUUGGUACUCAACGUUUGCCUAUAUACUGUAAAUAAUGUACAAAUACAGAGAAUUACAAGUGAGUGCAAGCUGAACCUUUAGCUUUGGAGAUAUUUUAAGUUAAAUAUGAUAACUUAUGUUGUUUGUACUGUAUAUAUGUGUUUGGAGUGAAUUCUUGGAAAUGAAAGCACUAAUUAUUGUUAUAUACGCCAAGCAACAAAGUUUGGACUUGAUUUUUUGAAACUAUUAUUACAGGAUGGUCUUGUGAAAUGAAUGCCACUACAAGGACAUUUUCUAAUGCUGUAAUGCCAAGAUAGAUUUUAAGAGAAAUGAUUAAUUAAAAGUUAAUUCUUGCUACUUAGGUACAAUUCACGAAUGGCAUAUGCAAUAUUUACAUUUCUUUACAGAGAGGUACCACAUUUAUAAAUACUAUGUUAAUAAUCUUUGUUAAACCUCAAAACAUAUAAUUUUUUGGCCUCUUUGUAAAAAAAUUCUGCCAAUUUCUUUUGGAAUGUUUUUUGUUUGUUUUUGCUAUUGGAGCCUAUUGGUGAUUUUUGCAUUUGGAUAACGUUCCCGUUGGGUUUUAAUUUAGCAUCUAAAGGAUAAGAUAACAUGACAAACUAGCUUAACUUGCUGUGUCUUCCAUUGUAAAUACUUAAUAUCUUAUUGCUUAUUGUGGUUCUACUAAGAGAUGAUAAUUUAAACCUUGUGUAGUUACCAUGGCUUUGGACUGUAUUGAUUCGUUAUAGACACAUGCAAUAAAGAAUAACACUAUUUAAGAAA